AUGGCCCGGCCUCCCGCGACUCGAGCCCUACAGCUGCUGCUGGCACUCUGCUGGAUUUUAGGAGGUCAGAGCAACCUGACCAACCUCUCCUUCCCCCUGAUGUAUGAGGACUGCUUAAAUUGGACUGAGAAUUGCUCUGUUCUUUUAGGUGAAAGUUAUAUAACAGCUCAGAGAAACAACCAGACAAACAGAAUUUUCAUCCUGGUGUCAGAAGAAGACAAGCUGGAGAUCCAGAGCUCCACCACUGUGAUUGUGGUGCCCGUCCUUUACUCAGUUGCAUUCCUUGUUGGGCUCCCAGCGAACAUCCUGGCCCUGUGGGUGCUGAUAUUCCACACGGAGAAGAUACCAUCCAACAUCCUCCUCAUCAACCUGGCAGUGCUGGAUAUGCUCCUCCUUCUGAUGUUGCCCUUCCGCAUCAUUUACUACUUUGCUGGUUUGAACUGGUUCUUCGGCGAGCCACUGUGCCGACUGGUCAUAGCGCUGCUCUAUGGUAGCAUGUAUGGUUCUGUGCUCUGCCUGGCAUUUAUCAGCAUAGACCGAUAUAUAGCUCUGGUGCACCCCUUUGGUGCUCUGACCCUGCGCAGCCAUCGCACCUCCCUGGCCAUGAGUGUGUCCAUUUGGGUGGUGGUCCUGUUGGCCAUGCUGCCUCUGUUAUUUUUUCGCCAGUCCUACCUGCUGAGCGACCCUUCCGUUAUCACCUGUCAUGAUGCCCAGCUUGAGCCUUUGCUGACCACUUUCUUUUUCCCCUACUAUGCCAGCCUUUUCAGUCUCUGCUUCUUGCUCCCUCUGCUGCUUUGA